AUGUUAUUCGGUCUAGACUCCGACCAGCUCGCUACGAUUCCCGAUCCUCUUCUGGGGAGUAUUCCACUUGAUCUCAGCUACACCGGUCGUAUCGCAUUUCCACAAGCAUCUCUCGAAGAACCAGCUUCACUUGAUCCCAGUACUUUGCUAGAGAACCCUUUCUAUCCCUGGGAUUUCAGCGAAGACCCUUUCUUCAGUAGCGGACAUUGA